CUAGUGUAGAUAAUCCUUUACUAUGGGUUUGCACGUUUUCUGGCCUGCCACGGCCUGCCUGACUCUUUUCGUAGUUUGCAUCAUAAUCGUGAUGCUAAGAUACGGUGCACGUCUCUGCAAAUUACGACACGAGCCACUACCAUCUGAUCAGGAAUGGGAGAGUAAAGCAUAUUCCAGGAAACUGUCAGUUUCCAUGGCAUGAGAACAGAUAGUAUUGUCCCAAAAAUGUUAUACGAAAAAAA